UCGGCGGUGGUGUCGGGCGCUCGCGGCCGGGCGCCGCAGUCCUCGGGCGACCGAGGAGGUGGGAGGUGGCGCGUGGAGCUGCUCGGUGGUUUGACCGCGAGAACGAGCAGCACUUUCGCACCUCCCGUUCCUCCUGCGGCUUCGGGCGCCCAGCGUGGGCGGCUGCGAGCCCCCGCCGUAGCCAUGCUUCGGAGGGACGGCAGGAGGAACGACCCCCCCAAGCGCGUGCGCUUCCAGCUGCCCGAGAGGCACUGGCGGGAGGAGCUGGAGCUGGAGCGGCAGGCGGCCGCCGCUGCCCUUGGGGACGCGGAGGACGCCUGGAGCUCUGCCGCGCUGCCGUGGGGGGAGCGCAGCCCGGAGGGCGAGCGCGGGCUGCCGCGCGCGGGGCCGGCUCGCGGGGCCGGGAGGACCUGGCUGCGGGCCGUGAGGUUCCGCCUCCGGGCGCUGGGCAGAUCCUGCGCGGUGCCGGCUUUGCGCUCCGGCAAGAGGCUCUUGCGGAGGCCCCGGGCGCCCGCGGAGACGCUCGCUGCCACGGGCGUCGAGGAGGAGCGAGGGGAGCGCGGCACCGUCGCCUCCAGCCCGGCCAGCGCCCAGGACCCGCUCGAGCAGAGCCUCGACGCCGGCGUCCCCAGCGCUGAGGAAGGGCAGAUCCCUUCGGGCGGAGAUGACUCCGGGAUGGAACAACCUCCAGCAGCGGAAGAGCAGCCCCCGGCGCCCCGCUGCGACGAGGUUGUAGAUGCGGCCGUCACGUACAUCUCCAAGUACGUGAAGGACCUGGCCGCCUACAUGGAGGAAGCCAUCUGCCAGGAAAUGGAGCUCGCCAAGGAGCUCCAGGCCUUUGGCAGAUCCUUCAGGAAGAUCUCCGUCCCAGGGGUGAGCUGGUGGGGAUGGGGAGCCCCCAAGCUCGUCCCACAAAGCCCGGCGCCCUGGGUGCUGGGCUCCCCUGCCCGCUGCCUGCCGGGGCUCGGCCCCGGCAGCUCCCGCAGGCCCCGCGGCGCCUGCCGGCCCUCUCCUCGCAGCCUGGCGCUCCGCGGGCCCAGCCAGGCUGGCCUCGACGGGAGCGGGCAGCCGGCCGAGGCUCCCGCUCUUCCCUCGCCUUCAAGGAGGUACGUGCUGGGUCUCGCUAGGUCGCGGUCAGGCCCACCAGCAUGCUUUCUCCUUUCUCAGCCGUCUGGGCCAGCCCUGGAGACUCCUGCGCCGUCCCAGCAGGAGGACGUGGCUCUGCAGGAAGGCCCCCGAGACGAGGAGCGGCCAAAGCAGAGCCUCGAGGCCCUGGGACAAACGCUGCUCAUCAACCAGCAGCUGCUGGAGAAGAUGGAGCAGCAGUGGCGGGAGGCCGAAAGGCAGCUGCAAAAGGAAAAGGCCGAGCUCUGCUGGCUGCCCUGCUCUGAGGAUGUGGGAGAGGAAGGGCAGGAAGAGCCGGCGGAGGAAGAGGAGCCGGGUGCCCGCAGCACUGCCCGGCGCGAAGGCUGGCGCAGCUGGAGGAGGGAGCUGAGGCGAUGCUUGGAGACCCAAUGGCAGCUGCUGCAGCAGCCAGAAGGCCUGAUGCUUUACGCCAGGUGGCUGCAGAUAACAAAUUAAUGAAGAGCAUCACCUUUCCGAAGUGCUACGCGUGCAGCCGAGAGUCUCUUCACUUGCCAGACUGGGGCGAGGUGAGCUGGGCUGGACCUGAGAUCACGCUCAGGUUCAGCGGGGAGUCCAGACCACCGGGCAGGUUCAGCGGAGAAAAACAGAGCAGGAAGAGUCUGGUGCUUCUGCCCGUGCGGACGCAGCCAUCGUCCCAAGGACCGCCAUCCGCGCCCGCCGGUGCCGCACGCCAAGACCAACGCGACGUCUCGGCUCUGCUGGACCCCUUCGGACUGCCCAGCACCGAGCCCGGCCGGGAGCGCUCCGUGCCGCGCCGGGGACCGGACGACGACCCCGUCUGUGCGUCCGCGGGGGAAAGAAGGGCGCAGAGCGCCCCGCGCCCCCGGGCACCUGCUCCCGCCUGAGCUGCUGCCCCGCGUCUCCCUCGCCGGCACCGGGCCGGCACCAAUAAACACAUGUUGUUCGUUCA